AUGAGUAAUUUUUCAGUUGGUGCAUCAGUACUGACAAUCGAUGGGAAAAUAUUCAAUGGAUGUAAUGUGGAAAAUGUUUGUUUACCUUGUGGUUGGUGUGCAGAAAUCAGUGCAAUCGCGACAGCAGUAUCGAAUGGUUAUAAAAAAAUAAUUGGUUGUUGUGUUUCAACCAAUUCGUUAAGUCAUGUAGCACCAUGUGGACGGUGUAGACAAGUGAUAGCGGAAUUUUCCAGUGAUUAUUGUAUAGUUUAUCUUGUGAAUAAACUUAAUGAAGUGAAAACAAUUAAAAAAUUUAGUGAAUUAUUACCGGCUGCAUUCAAUAAUGAAGAAUUGGAAAGUGGACAGAAAUGA